GUGGUAUUCACGUGUAAGCAACGCUGCGCCUGGCUGCGCUUCAUUGAGGCAUGACGGGAAAGGCGCGGCGAGACUUCCGCUUCCUGUCGCCAUGUUUUUGGGGGAAUGCUUUCGUUCGUGGUGCUGUCAAGCAUAGCGCUGAGCAUUGAAAUUUGGAGUCAUCGACUAGAAUUUCAAUCAUGGUUAAUUGUGCUGUGUUGGGAUGUAAUAAUGAGUCAAGGCGGAAAGCUGACUCUAGUGAGAAGACGAAGGUCUGCUUUUUUUUCCGUUCCGACUGUUAUUCGUCGUCAGUGCGAUCAUACCCUUGAGAUCUCAACGAACGUCGGGCAGAAUGGUUUCGUCGCCUCAACCGUGGAGAUAUUAAUACAAACGCUACUCACUACAAGGUCUGCAGCGAGCACUACGUUUCUGGAAGGGCAUCCUACCUGAUGGACGUUACAAACCCGGACUGGGCACCGAGCUUGCACCUGGGGUACGACACUAACUCAAGUACUAAAUCCGAAGAAAGGCACCAGCGACGUUGCAAGAGGGCUGCGACCUCAAAGGAGAUCCUCAAGGCCAAUGGCAGAGUUCUCCAGUCCUCAAAUAAAUUGAAUGUGCAGCAGAGCACUGUGUGCAGCACUAUCACGGGCAUGCCACUUGGAAGCCCCAAUGCAAUGGAUAACAAGGAAGCUGAUGAGCCACUAACAUCUCGUUGCACAAUCAACAGCGGUUCAGGCACACCACUUGGGAGCCCCGUUGCAGUGCAUGGCAAGGAAGCUGAUGAGCCACAUGCAUCUGAUUGCACAGUCAACAGCGGUUCAGGCCAAUCCACGCUGAAAGUAGCUGUAACCAGCUUCAACCUGCAGCCUGCUGCACCAGUAGCUGAAGAUUAUGAUACUGCAGCGGACUUAUAUUGCCCACCAUUUGUGCCAUCACCCGAGGUAGGCAGGGCCUCAGCUGGUUCUACUGUUGGAGCUGCUGUGGAUGCCUCAUCUUGUAAGUACUGCAUUCGUUCAGUUGGAGCAAACCAGAAGUGUUCAACAUAAGCGAUUCUAAGAGUCACUAUCUCGCAUUCUUUAUCAGAUGUAAAGUUUUCUGAAAGUGCUGUUCAAGCCACCACUUCGACAGCUGAAGCUUCAGUAAACACCACUUCAUGUAAGUACAAUGACAAAUAUUUCAAGCACCGUGCACCUGAAUAUUACAAAUGCAUAGUAAUG